AUGAGCUCUUACUUUGUAAACUCGUUCUCAGGGCGCUAUCCAAAUGGCCCCGACUAUCAGUUGCUAAAUUAUGGGACCAGCAGUUCUAUGAACGGUUCGUACAGAGAUUCAAGCACCAUGCAUUCCAGCUCUUAUGGCUACAACUACAAUGGGAUGGACCUUAGCAUCAACCGCUCAACCUCCUCUAGCCACUUUGGGGCUGUGGGAGAAAGCUCCCGCAGCUUCCCUUCGCCCGCUCAGGAGAGCAGGUUUAGGCAAGCGUCUAGCUGCUCCUUGUCCUCUCCCGAGUCCCUUCCCUGCUCCAACAGCGACAACCAUGGAGGCAAACCCGCCCCGUCCCCCUCCGACCAGGCUACUUCUGCCAGCACCAACACAAAUUUCACAGAAAUAGACGAGACCAGCGCGUCUUCGGGAACCGAAGAGGGCACCCAAAUAAACAGCAGCAAUAUUCCCCGGGCACAGGCAGAGCCCGUCGCUACAUCCACAGCAGCAACAGAAGGGCAGACACCACAGAUAUUCCCUUGGAUGAGGAAGCUUCACAUUAGCCAUGACAUGACUGGACCAGACGGUAAAAGGGCAAGAACCGCCUAUACUCGCUACCAGACCCUAGAAUUGGAAAAGGAAUUUCACUUCAAUAGAUAUCUCACCCGCAGGAGGAGAAUAGAAAUCGCCCAUGCUCUGUGCCUCUCCGAAAGGCAAAUUAAAAUCUGGUUCCAAAACAGAAGAAUGAAGUGGAAGAAAGAUAAUAAACUGAAAAGCAUGAGUGUAGCCUCCGCGGGCAGCGCCUUCCAGCCAUAA